GGGGUUCAGGACCAUCGUCAUCGAUAGCCAUAGCUGGCACCAGCCAACCUGCCAUCACCAAGACAACGUCUGUGCUUCAGGAUGGCGUUAUCGUCACUACCGCAGCUGGGAACCCGCUCCAGAGCCAGCUGCCCCUCGGGAGCGACUUCCCUUUCGCUGGCCACGAACACUCGCUUCAUUUUCCGCAGAACAGCUCUUCAAACAACAAUCUUCCACACUCUUUGAAUCAAAACCUCCUCAAUUCUCUACCUAUCUCUUUGCCAGUGAAUCAGCAGCAUCUCCUAAACCAGAAUCUAUUAAAUAUCCUACAGCCUUCAGGCAAGUCUGAGGUCAACCUCAACCCUUUAGGUUUUCUCAACCCGAAUGUAAAUGCUGCUUUAGCUUUUCUCUCCAGUGACGUGGACGGGCAGGUAUUGCAACCUGUUCAUUUUCAGCUUCUAGCGACCCUCCUCCAGAACCAAGCCCAAGCAGCGGCCAUGCUCCCCCUACCAUCUUUCAAUCUGACCAUCUCAGAUCUGUUGCAGCAGCAAAAUAACCCUUUGCCCUCGGUAACCCAGCUGCCAGCCCCACCUGACCAUUUGCCGAGCAAUCAGGCAGAAAGCACCAGGGUGGAGAGCCUUUUACCCAACCCCCUGGGCAACCCCGUACCCAGCUUUUCGGGCGCUGACACUACUUCUAACCCCCUGCUCCUCCCAGCUGUCACUGGGGCCCCAGCAUUAAUGGCCUUGAAUCCCCAGCUGGUGGGAGGUGUCCUGACCGCUGCAUCGGGCAACACCGCUCAUCAUCCAGAGGUUUCCAUAGCCACCUCCUCCCAAGCCACCACUACCACAACCACUACAUCAGCAGCAGUGGCAGCACUGUCUGUGUCAGCCCUGGGUGGUGGGACAGCAGUGGUGUCAAUGGCAGAAACAUUGCUGAACAUAUCUAAUAAUGCUGGGAGUGCAUCUGGGCCAGCUAAACUCAACAGUAACUCUGUGGUGCCACAGCUACUUAACCCUCUACUGGGGACGGGUCUGCUUGGUGACGUGUCGGCUCUGAACACCGCCUUGAACAACCACCAGCUGAGUCACCUGCAGUCGCUGUUAAACAACAACCAGAUGUUUCCUCCCAGCCAGCAGCAGCAGCAGCAGCAGCAGCAGCACCUUCUCCAGGGGUACCAGAACGUGCAGGGCUUUCAAGGCCAGCCCCCAAUUCCCAGCCCAGCCAACAACCCCAACCCCAUGGCGUGUCUGUUCCAGAACUUCCAGGUGAGGAUGCAGGAAGAUGCUGCUGCCCUAAACAAAAGAAUGAUCUCUCAGAUGGGAAUGCCACCGGUUCCCGAGAGCUCCAACGCGAUGCUUCCUCCUUUCCAAGAAACAUCUUGUGAGUUGCAGCCAAGAACUGAACCACCUCUCGGCCAACAGGCGAAGGAAAACCUCAACGUCGCUGCUCAGGGUGAUGCCUCGGUGGACGCCAUCUACAAAGCGGUCGUCGAUGCUGCGAGCAAAGGCAUGCAAGUGGUGAUCACCACUGCCGUCAGCAGUACAACGCAAAUGAGUCCCAUUCCAGCUUUGAGUGCCAUGAGUGCCUUCACAGCCUCAAUUGGUGACCCGUUAAAUCUUUCUAGCGCUGUCAGCGCGGUGAUCCAUGGAAGAAACGUUGCCGUUUCUGAUCACGAAGGUAGGAUAAGGAACGCCAGGGGAACGCGAAUACUGAAGAAUUCGGAGCACGGUAAAAAUUCGAGUGAAGGGGAUGGGUAUGAAUAUUACAAAUCAACAAGUUGUAACACACCCAAAAAACAGUGGGAAGGGGAGCAAAGUCCUGUCGGUGAGAUUAAUAGGUGGAAAUGCGAUGAGUUUCUAGAGCACUCUGCCCAUAUCCAUAGCAGCCCUUGUCACGAAAGGCCCAAUAACAUCUCCGCGCUGCCGCUGUUACAAGGCGAGCAGCAUCAGAUACUGUUAUCACAGCGAAACUGUCAAAGUGAUAAAAUGUUGGAGGAGAAUUUCAGGUAUAACAAUUACAAAAGAACUACGAUGAGUUUUAAGGAAAGACUGGAGAACACUGUGGAAAGAUGUGCACACAUAAAUGGAAACAGGCCUCAGCAGAACAGAGGAUUUGGGGAGUUGCUGAACACUUCUAAACAAGACCUGGUUCUGGAAGAGCAAUCUCCAAGUUCCUCAAAUAGCUUGGAAAGUUCGUUAGUUAAAGACUAUAUCCAUUACAAUGGAGAUUUUAAUGCCAAAAGCAUUAAUGGGUGUGUGCCUAGCCCUUCGGAUGCUAAAAGCAUCAGUAGUGAGGAUGACCUAAGGAACCCCGAUUCCCCCUCUUCAAAUGAGCUGAUCCAUUACAGGCCGAGGACGUUUAACGUUGGCGACUUGGUCUGGGGCCAGAUCAAAGGACUGACUUCAUGGCCUGGAAAGCUCGUACGAGAAGAAGACGUUCACAAUUCAUGUCAGCAGAACGCUGAGGAGGGGAAGGUGGAGCCCGAGAAGCUGAAGACACUAACGGAAGGGCUGGAAGCGUACAACCGAGCCAGGAAGAGGAACAGGAAAAGUGGAAAGCUAAAUAACCAUUUAGAAGCUGCUAUACACGAGGCCAUGAGCGAACUAGACAAAAUGUCUGGGAAUGUCCACCAAAUCCCGCAGGGAGACAGACAAGUGAAGCCUCCGAAGCCCAAGAGGAGGAAGAUCUCCAGAUAACAUUGAAUGUCUUUGUUACUGGUCCAGUACUUAUCAAAUCGAACGUGCACAUAAGUCGCCGUGUAGGUAUUGAUAUAGACGUGCUUAUAUCAAUAUUUCUGUGAAGACAGAUGAUACCAUCGCAGGGUGCUACGCGGAGUAGGGGUACAGUAUUUUUGAUGAUUAGGAGGGGUAGCGGUCGCUGGAUAAGCCAAUCAGAAAUCUCGAAAGGUUGCAGUAACAAUGUCAGAUGAUUACUGAAUUUUUUUUUUUCUAUAAUACUAAAAUUGUGAUUAUAAGAAAUAGUCCAAAUGUUUCUGAGAAAUUUUCAUUGUGUAUAUAGAUAAUACAGAAUUUCAUGGUGAUAUCUGAAAUGUAAAUAUUGUACAAUAUUGUCAUGUACAAGCGUACCUAAUGCACACUUUAUCUUUUAUUGUACAAAAAAUAGUGUACAAAAUUCUUUGGUUUCUAUUGAGUACACAUACAAGAGACUACCAGUGUAAAGUGAUAAAUAAAAAUACAGCCUAAAUGCUUUUA